AUGUUGCCUCCUCCACAUACGGACUCUCUGGACAUCGGUGUACCAUCCGCAGACCGAUGGCCGGGUAGAACGAUUCAACGGCACGCUAAAAGCUAUGCUGCGGAAGUUUGUAGAGGAGGACCCCUCGCCUUGUUGCCGGCCUUAUUAGAGGUACCACAGGCCUCGACGGGGUUCUCGCCCUUCGAGCUCUUAUACGGGAGACAGCCCAGGGGGAUACUGGACCUCCUGAAGGAGGAGUGGGAAGCCCAGGAAACGCGGGUCCUCGGAACCAUGCAAUAUGUGCUACACCUCCGGAAGCGACUCCAAACAUUAGGGGCCUUCGCCCAGGAAAACUUGGAACGGGCCCAGGCAUGCCAGGAACGCCUCUAUAGCCGCGAGAGGAAAUUCAUCCCAGGCGAUCGGGUGCUGCUCCUACUGCCCUCAGCGGAGUCGAAACUCCUGGCCAAAUGGCAAGGCCCCUAUGAAGUAAUCCGACGAGUGGGGCCGGUUGACUACGAAGUCAGACUACCGGGACGACGUAAGGAGACUCGCAUUUAUCAUGUCAAUCUUCUGAAGGCCUGGAAAACAUGGGAAGCCCUGUUCAUUGGCCCGUCCACCCCAGACUCGGAACUUGGACCCCUAGUAGGAGAUCUUCCCGACCCCAGACCGGCCACGCUGGGGUCAGGCCUCAGUCCCAGACAGAGAGGGCACUUACAACAGUUGGUGGAGGAAUUUCCGGAUGUUUUAUCUGCCCGCCCGGGCCGGACGACUCUAAUGAGUCAUCAUAUCGCCACCGACCCCGGGAAGAGGGUGACGGACAACCACCGACCGUUACCCAAGAGAAUGUGGGAUACAGUCCGACAGGAGGUAGAGACGAUGUUGGAGAUGGGAGUGGUGGAGGAAUCAACGAGCGAGUGGCGUAGCCCUAUCGUCUUAGUCCCGAAGCCAGAUGGGAUGACCCGGUUUUGCAUCGACUUCAGAGAGGUCAACGCUAUCUCCCGCUUCGAUGCAUACCCAAUGCCGAGGGUGGAUGAAUUGUUGGAGCGCCUCGGGGGAGCCAGGUAUCUGUCAACCAUAGACCUAACUAAAGGAUACUGGCAAAUCCCCCUCAUGCCAAACUCCCAUGUAAAGACGGCCUUCCCCACCCCUUUCGGCCUUUUCCAGUUCAUAACCAUGCCAUUCGGGUUACAAGGAGCUGCGGCUACAUUUCAGCACUUGAUGAACAAGGUCCUCCAACCUCACGACCAAUACGCGGCGGCCUACAUAGAUGAUAUUGUAGUUUAUAGCCUCGACUGGGAGAGCCACCUACACCACCUGGCAGAGGUGUUACAGGCCCUCAGAGUGGCUGGCCUAACGGCUAACCCGGCAAAAUGCCACCUAGGGCAAGAAGAAGUGACCUACCUGGGAUACACGGUAGGAGGGGGGAAACUAAUGCCCCUGAUUAGCAAGGUACAAGCACUCAAAGACGUACCCGUCCCCAAGACGAAGAAGCAAGUGCGUCGGUUUUUAGGAUUAGCUGGGUACUACCGCUGUUUUGUGCCGGAUUUUGCAUCCAUAGCUGCCCCCCUGUCAGAUCUGACAAAGAACUCUCAGCCCCGACAGGUACAGUGGUCCAAACAAUGUGAGAGAGCCUUUGCCACACUAAAGGAACAGCUCACUCGAGAACCUGUCCUACGACACCCCAACUUCAUGAAGGAGUUUAUACUUCAAAUGGAUGCAUCCGAAGUGGGCUUGGGCGCAGUACUCUCCCAAGAAAUAGACGGGGAAGAGCAUCCGGUACUAUACCUAAGUAGUAAGCUGAUUCCCUGGGAAAAACAUUUUUCGACGAUAGAGAAAGAGGCCCUAGCGGUACGGUGGGCUAUCGACGCCCUACGUAACUACCUGCUGGGAAAUAGUUUUAAGUUGAUCACAGACCACGCCCCUUUGCGAUGGAUCCACAGCAUGAAGGACACAAACUCUAGAAUUAUGCGGUGGUACCUCUCCCUCCAGCCUUACGACUUCCGUGUGUUCCACCGCCCGGGUAAGGCCCAUACUAAUGCAGAUUUCUUCUCCAGGCUGGGGGAGGAGGGCGAGGAAACAGACCGAGAUGGGGGAUCCUUAGUACAGGGGGAGGUUUGCGAGGGGGCAGCCAGGCCCCAACCCAACUACAGAGGCACCAGGCAGGUAGCCCUGAUGGUGGAGGACUCGUCCCGCUCGUACUGGGUAUGCCCCAAGUGCACAGAGAGUGUGAAAGGAGAGAGCAUACCCCAGCCCAGACAGGCAGCCGAAGGGGAAGGACCUAUCCGGGAAGCUCCGGUGGAGGACCAGCCCGCAUUCCUGAGGCCGCCAGGAACCGGGACUUCUCCAGGUCGGGGUGGAGCCUCACUGUGGAAGGAACCAGAAGAGGCGGCGAACCUCGAGCCCCAUGGAGAUUCAGGAGACCCGUGGGACACCCCAGCAUCCGAACUGAUAGGAAGCAGUCUAAGGGCAGUGACGGACUGGUACGUCGGACCCGGUAAGCCUCAGCGUGUUUCGGUGGGACCCCCCGCUGAGACGGUGACUAGGCCAUGUUGCCCUGUGACAAGGGCUAAUUUCCGGGACUUUGGGCCAGUAGGCCUUGUUGCCCUAGGACGGGGGCUAAUUUCCUAGACUUUGAGCCAGUAAGCCGGGCUGCCUUGGGACACAGGCUAAUUUCCGAGCUCUAGGCCAUUAGGCCGGUUAGGACCUCCCACCCGGGAGGGUUCUUAAGGGGGAGGGUGUGUGGUGGGGCGGCUGCCCCACGCCUGGAGAGUGUGGGCUGCGGCAGGCCCGGGCGCCUGCAUAUUCCGGCAGCCAAUGAGAGAAGGGCUUGUUGCGAGCCAAUCAGAGAACAGAUUGGGGCCAGCCAAUCAGGGCCCAGCUCAGCCAUAUAAAAGACUGCUCAGGGAGAGAGCAGUCAGUCUGUCCCAGAGGGGAAGGUCUGUCUCCAGAGCUGGGAGGCCAGCACCACGGACAGCGCCAUGCAGGCCAGCCUUGGAGAGCGGGAGAAGGUCCUACUCCGUAGCCUGCCAGGCGGCCGGCCUUGUAGGAAAGGACCUAGCGGGAAGGAGGGCCGUUGGGGAAGCAGUCCAGAGGAGGAAGGAGAAGGAGGACAGCAAGGCUGUCACUAGAGGGCCUCUGGACCGGGACUCAGAGUAGUGGGCGGGCCUGGGUUCCCCCCUUCCCCCCUUUUUUGUUCCCUUUGGCCAUACACUCAGCUAUAGGCCGCAGGGAGCGGCCAGCCGGAACCAUGCCAGAUCCUGGACUGUAGGGAUCAGACUUAAAGGUGUGGGACUGUUGAUCAUCCCCCCCCCCCCGGAAGGGGGCCCGAAUAGACAGAAGGACACUGUCGGAGGGCAGUGUUCCAGAAAGAGGACCCUGUGCAUCGGGAGCACAGCGGGUCCACACGCCAACCCUUGGUGGGACGACAUACGGGACACCACCAGAAGGAGGCGCUCUACUGGAUCGAACCGAUUCCCCGGGACGACCAGUAGGAGACGCUGCGGUGAACCCCAAGGUAAAGGGAGAGACAUGGGGCCUAAGGCAGGUCAGCCACCGGCCAGCAGAGGGCACUCCGGGCUGGACAAGAGCUAAUUCCCAAGACAACCAGCAGGAGACGCGCACCGGUAAGUCUCAGCUCUGCUACAGUCAUCCAUACCCAAUUCAUAGGUCUCAGGGUGUACUCUUUUUCAGGUUUAUGGCGUCUUUUACCAGUGAAAGAGUCUUACACAGUAAUAUCCUUAAAAAGUAACAGAGUCCUGUGGCACCUUUAAGACUAACAGAUGUAUUGGAGCAUAAGCUUUCGUAGGUGAAUGCCCACUUUGUCAGACGCAAGUAAUAUCCUUAAUGUCUAUUUAUUAACAAUUACAAAUACAGACUAUACACACUAAGCAUUCAAUGCCCAUCACUCCCAAUAAGGCAGAUGAACUUUUCUUGAUGCCCAGUCAGGAUUGGAUCAUCUGGGAAACUCCAGCUUCUGCAUGAUGAUUGGCAAGGUGUUGAGGUCUGGCAACUCUGAUCUCAGGGCUGUGUCCUGGAGUUGGUUCCAAAGAACUUCCUUUUGGACCCCAGUUUAUAUAGUGAAACUUGAGUCUUGCUUAGC